UCGCUUCUGGAGUUCUGGGAGACUGGGGACUGGGAUCCAGGGCCCACCGGCGGGGCCCAGGUCCCCGAGCGCAGCGCGUCAGCGUCGCACCAACCGCCGCCGCCGUGGCGCCGGCAGGAGGCAGCGGCCGCCGCCCCGAAAUUCCCGUCUCCUCCACCACCACCUCUGACCUCCCCAGUCCCCCCCCCCCCCCCCCUCCUCCGCUUUUCAAGCCCUCCUCUCCUCUGCUGGGCCAGCUGCUGUUCGCUACUUGUCAAGUAGUAGAAACCCCCUUCCUCCUCCUCCUCCUCGCGCCUGGAACCUGCGGCGGAGUCGGCUGAGACGGGAGGGCGGGGGGAAGGAGGAGAUGCCGGGGCUGGCGGGGAGGCCGGGGUCGUGGGGCGGGCUGGUGCUGCGGGUGGGGCAGACGUUCUUCGCCGCCGCCUGCAUUGGCGUCAUGGGGUCGUCACUCGGGUUCGCCAGCUACACCGCCUUCUGCUACUUGGUUGCAUCAAUGGGACUUCAAAUGUUGUGGAGCUUCGGACUUGCAUGUCUUGAUGCAUAUGCCAUCAAAACCAAAAAGGAUCUCACCAGCCCACUUCUGUUGAGCUUAUUUGUCGUUGGAGACUGGGUAGCAGCAAUUCUGUCAUUCGCUGGAUCGAGCUCAGCUGCUGGUGUAGUAAUUCUAUUUCAAAAGGACGUGCUCUUCUGCAGAAGGUAUCCUCAGCUCUCUUGUGGAAAAUAUGAGCUCGCCACAGCAUGUGCCUUCCUGUCUUGGGCACUCAGUGCUACAUCAGCCCUGAUCAUGUUUUGGCUCCUUGCCGCAUUCUGAUUUUGUGUAUCAUCGCCCGAUAGCAAUGUUUAUAGCACUUCCUUUUUCUGAUCUUCUCUCUUUGUAGCUUUUACAAAGGACAAUUUACCCUACCACAUAUUUAUCAAACCACAUAGCCCAAAAAUGGAGAUGUUGGGAUCAUGUAAAGUUCAUGGAGUGAAUAGUUACUAAUGGUAGAAAUUGCUGAAUAGAUGCUUUUCUUCAGAAGCUGUUAUGGGAUGAUGCUCGGUGAGCGCGCACGCUGCAAUCAAACAGCUCUAUUGGAAACAAUCUAAGUACAAGAACUCAGUUCUGAGUUUUGAUAGAGAGAUCAUUUAUGUUAGGUGGUGCAAAUUUUUCUCAUGUGUAUGAUGGGUCUAUGCUGUCGACUCAACGGACUCAACGGAACAAGUCGUCCAAUUUCACAUUUUCUGAUUUCUGUAGAAAAAACGCCAAUGUUCUGACAAAUUUAUUGCCGGGUACAAAAGAGAAAUCUGAAUGAUGUAUCGCAGUA